AUGGCAGACCUGCACACAGCGGCGCGCAACGGCGACGCGGCGCGCAUCCUGCAGCUCGUCGCGAUUGGGGCCGACCUGAACGCGCGGGACAAGCUCUCGCGCACCCCGCUGCACCUGGCAGCAUGGGCGGGCCAGACGGAGGCCCUCAAGCUUCUGCUGGCGCACGGCGCGCUGGUGGCGGCCGCGGCGAUGGACGACAUGAACGCACUCCACUUUGCGGCCCAGAAGGGCAAUGUCGAGGCCCUCCGGGCCGUCAUCACCGCCGGCGCCUCCGUCAACAGCAAGACGCGAAAAGGUGACAGUGCCCUGAUGAUCGCGGCCAAGGGGGGCCACGGCCCCGCGGUGGAGCUGCUGCUCAAGCGCGGCGCCAACCCGCGCGCCGCCAACCACAAGGGCCAAACUGCCGCUGACCUGGCGAAGGACGAGGGGGUCAAGGCGGCGCUGCAGGCGGCGGCGGCGGCAGCGGCAGCAGCGGCAGCGGCAGGGCCGGCGACGGCGCCGGCGGCACCCAAGGCGGCUACGAAAGCGGGCGGCGGCGUCGAUGGCGGGGGCAGCGGGGCCAAGCGGGAGCGCGAGACGGCGGCGGUUGCGGCUGCGGCAGACGGUGGAGGCAGCGGCGAGGCUUCCGGGCCUGUGGUCGGGCCGGCCGAUGCCCUGGUGCUCACGGGCGACCAGCUGCAGCGCGAGGCGGCGGAGAGCGUUGGCGCGCAGGCGGGGAGCAAGCAGUGGGAGCCGCUGACCUCGAUGUGGGCGCGCAACGCGCGCCAGCAUGGCUCCCUGGUGGCUGUGGCCGACCCCCACCAGCCGGGUGCCCCUAGCCUGACCUAUGCCGAGCUGCACCAGCUAAUCCUGGACUUUGGGGCCGGCCUCAGGAGCCUGGGGCUGGAGCCGGAGGACAGGGUGUGCCUGUUUUCUGAGGACUCGUCGCGCUGGCUCAUAGCGGACCAAGGCAUCAUGGCGGCCGGCGCAGCUGACGCGGUCCGCGGCUCCAGCGCCCCGGACGCCGAGCUCCACUUCAUCCUGCGCCACGCGCGCCCCCGCGGCCUGGUGGUGCAGGACGCCGCCACGCUGGGCCGCAUGCUGCCGGCGCUCGCGCAGCCGCCCGCGCGCAACGCGCCCGCGCAGGAGGGCGCCCCGCGCCUCAAGUUCAUCGCGGUGCUGUGGCCCAAGGACGGCGACGGCCUCGACGCCGCGGCCGCCGCCGCGCCCUGCCCCGUGCUGCGGUUCGACGGCGUGCUGGCCGCGGGGCGGGAGGCGCGUGGCGAUGGCGGCGCGGGGUUCCAGCCGCACGCGCCCGGGCCCCAGGAGCUGGCUACGCUCGUCUACACCAGCGGCACCACAGGCCACCCCAAGGGCGUGAUGCUGACUCACGGCAACCUGGCCAGCCAGGUGGACAACUUCCCCUUCUUCCUGGAGGUCACCCCCGGCGACACGGCUCUCAGCCUGCUGCCGCCCUGGCACAUCUACCAGCGCACCACCGCGCUGUACCUGGCGUCGCGCGCGGCAAAGGAGGUCUACACCACCAAGUUCAAGUUCAGGGACGACCUCACCGCCCACCCCCCGGACCACUUUGUCUGCGUCCCCCUCGUGCUGGAGACCCUGCACAGCCGCGUCAUGGCCAAGCUCAGGGCCGAGACCGGGGUCAAGGGCGCCGUGGUGGCGGCGCUCCUCUCCGCGAGCCUGGCGUAUGUUUCGGCCAACCGCGUGGCCCAAGGCAUGUCGCUGGCGUUCGCUCGCGUCGCGCGGCCCUUCUGGGUGGGCCUGUGGGCGGCGCUGCUGGCGGCGCUGCUGCGGCCGCUGCACCAGCUGGCUGACGCCCUCGUCUUCUCAAAGGUCCGCGCUGCCCUGGGCAUCCGCAAGACGGUCGUGAGCGGCGGCGGCAGCCUGCCCCCCCACCUGGACGACUUUUUCGAGGCGGCGGGCGUCACGGUGCUGGUCGGCUACGGCCUGACGGAGACGGCGCCCGUGCUGACCUGCAGGAGGGCGUCCCCUUCCAGCGCCAACAUCCGUGGCAGCGUGGGCCUGCCGAUCCCCGGCACCACCAUCAAGAUUGUGGACCCUGCCACGCUGCAGGAGGUGCCUGACGGGCAGCAGGGCCUCGUGCUUGCGCGCGGCCCCGGGGUCAUGCGGGGGUGA